CCUGUGUGUCGAUGUAUCAGCAGCAACAACGGACUCUUAAAUCCUGCGUAUUCAUCAUGUCUUUCCUUUCUUUGUCUUUCUUUUUUUCUGUAAAUAAAGAGAAAUAAUGGAAGAAAAAGGUCUUGCUCAGAACGCUCAGUAUUGGGGCAAUGUAGUCAAGUCAGCAGACCUACUUCUUUGCCUUCUAGGUCCUUAUGAAAACCAGCAAGACAUGGUCCUUGUUAAAAAUCUGCUUCCUCCUUUACGAGAAUUUGUUCACAAAGGACCUUCUUAUCUUUCGCGAAAGCCCUCCUAUACAAGCCAUUAUUCCGGGGAAUAUCACUCACCGUCACGACAGCCCAAAGCCAGUUAUGAGAUGGAGUCCAACUGGACCCAAGUAGACAACUGGACUAUUCAGGUUCCUUUACAUAACGGACGCGUCGCUACCUGUGUCGCAGUCAAUACGCUUGAAGGCAUUAAUGAGCUUUUGGAGCAAAUCAAAAGAACAAAAUAUGUAGCUAUUGAUUGUGAAUUUUUGGGCACAAAAAAGAACCUGCCUGAAUUGAAGUUACUUCAAAUUGCUGUCUCAGACACCCUAGGCUAUGCUGUACAGGUGGAUAUUCUAGGCUUUGAUAUAUUGAAUGAAAAGUUAAGACCUGUCUUGGAAGACAAUAAUAUUCACUGGGUUGGCUGGUCUCUGCGCUCUGAUAUGCUUGCCAUUGAACAAUUCUUUAAAACGAUUGAUCCAGCUUAUUUUUUGGAUUUACAAGUCAAAUUGCGUGCUAUUGCUGUUGAAGAACUUAGUCUUCAUGCUGCCAUGACUAAAUAUGCUUCUGAAUGGGAGGGCAUUGAUGAAUUCCAAAAGAUAAAGCAGUUUUCUGACUCAUUUCGGUUCUUAGAUAAAGACUGUGUCUGGUUGUUGAACCCUUUACCCCCAAAAGCCUUGGUCUAUUCUGUCUUUGAUGUUUUGAGUGUAUUUGCUCUUAACGAAUCGACUGAAUCAUACGCUUCAGAGCCAAAACACUUUUGGCCAAGAUCACUUGAGAGUACGCUUUCAGUCAAAGCUCUUUAUCGAUGGCAAAAUCAACGCCAUAAGGCAGUGAGUUAUUCACCUACUCCUGCUUCACCAAGAAACGAAACAAGAACAACACAUCGCCGUAAAGAUAAAAAAGCUAUGAUAAACCUUCCUGUGCCAGUGUCUCCUCAACCAGAGACAGACGAUGGAUAUGAUGACAAUGACCCUCGUUUCUCAUUAGACGUUCAGAAAGCAAUUGCUCUUUCUUUACAUGAGAUAACUAAAAACGGGCAAUCAAGUCGCAUUGACAACGGCAAAACAAGCGGCAGCAACAGAGAAGAAACAGCAGUAGAAGGAGAAAAAAGAGAUCGAGUUGUUUGCGACUUGUCUGACAAUGUCAAAUCUAAUAUUCUUGGAGCUGAAUUUAAUGAUCUGUCAGAUAGAAACGAAUCUAUAGUGCAUGAUACAAAAGAAGAACAUGAAGAGCCAAAAAGAGAGAGACUUAGUAGAUCAAAAGAACCAACAACAAACAAACAAAGCUUAACAUUGGAAACUACUGAAGAAAUGUCAGCGCAAUCAGAAAAAGAGAUAGCCAACCCAUUAUGGCAAUCUCACGCUAAAGUCCAUAGUUCUUGGAACACCAAUGCAUCCUGGGAUAAAAAAGAUAAAGAAUCAUGGGAUACAAAAGAUAUACCACCAUGUGAUAUAAAAGAUGCAACACCAUGGGAUGCUAAAGAAGCAUCAGUUAACUGGCGUAAUCCUUCAGUUGAUAAGCGAGCACAAUGGGGCACUCUAGAGAAAACAAACAGCAGUGAUAAAAUAGGCACUAGGAAUUCAAAAUGGAAGGCUGUAUCAUCUUGGGAAGCUAGUACGGAAAGAUAUGCAUGGCGCUCAAGCGCUGGAUCAAAGUGGAAAAAGCCUGAAGAAAUUUUAUAUUCAGAAACGCAGCAAAUACCAAAAGAAGCAUCACCAACAGUAUCAGAAGUAUUACCAAAACAACAACAACAACAACAACAGCAGCAGCAGCAGCAGCAGCAGCAACAGCAACAGCUAACAUGGACCCAAGAAACACCCACUAAUUCAUGGCGAUCUUCACCUAGUUUUAGCCGUCCAUCUUCAACGCAACCAACACCAUCCUCACCUCACCAAAAACACACAACACCAUCUUCUCCUUACCAAAAGCAUGCGACACAUACCAACAAUGAUAACCGAAAAAAUAAACCUACCUUUGACACUAAUCGUUGCAACAGUAAUACCUCGACUCGCUCAUCACCCAUGAUUUCUUCACAAAAUACAAAAGGCUUAUCCGCUUUUGCCUGUAAACCUGAAAAAGGGCCUGAUAGAAGCAUGCGAAGUUACAGCAACAGCAGCCAAACUGCAUCAUUUACCUGGUUUGAUGAUUCAAACAGUAAAGAAAUGAGUGCUGCAUCUUGGUCGUCUUUUGCAACAUCUUCAAACGACAAAUGGGAAAAGGGCAUUGAUACUGAUUUAGACGAGAUUGAAAAAGCGCCCAAGGUUGCUCCCCAAGGUGCCUCGAAAAGACUUGAUACCACAGUAGCCUCGCAUGGCUCUCAUAUGAUGAGUGGUUCUGUGGGUAAUAGUGAUACUGGUAAAAUGCACCCAAACCAGACUGAAGUAGUGGACAAUUGGACUGCACAAGAAGUAGUACCUGAUACAAUGGAGAUGCGCAUAAAUCAAAUUCCUAUUCGUAAAACGUUUACAGGCCCUCGUGUGCUCAACCCUGACAGUUUUAUUAGCGAUGACGACGACGACGACGACGACGACGAUGAUGAUGAUGGCAGUGACGAUAACCACGAUAGUAAGAAUAAGAGCAGUGGCAGUAAAUCUCAAGCAAAGUAUUCAGACGAUGAUGAAGAUGAUGACGAUAUGUCUAUGGUUGGACUGAAGAUAAAGAACUUUACAACAGCCAAGCCAAAAGCUGUUAGCGAGCAAAGACUAGAAGAUUCACCUACUUACAUGGAUGGUGUGUAUGUCAGUGGCGAUUACGAUAUUGAGGAUGUUAUGGUUCACAGUGUCAUGGAAGCUAGUCACCUCAACUCAAUCAGGAUCCCAACUGUCCCUUUUAUUGUUGCUGUUUGCUUUCAUCUUGCUGAGAUCAAAUCAGGCGUUCUUGUCUUGAAGGCUUUACAAUUGUUUAUCAAGCCUGAAAACGAAUCUACUGGCGAAUCUUAUACAGUGUUAUUGGAAAAAGCAUGUUUCCAGCAUGGGGCUUCAAGAGACACAAACUUUGGAAAGCUAUUGACAGAUCCUUUUAUUUAUCGACUGGCUUGGUACCCUGAAUUUAUUGAGAAACAAAUGUAUCAAAAACUAGGCUAUGUAAUGGGUCCUUGUCUUGAUUUGGUCUAUAAGGCGAAUUCAGAUGAAGAUCGUAACCUAUAUAAUUUUGCAGAAGCUGUUGAACACUACUUGAAAGACUGGAAGGAUUUAGAACUAUUCUUUGAAGCCAAGAAGGAUUACGACAAUGCUCUUUAUUCAAAAAAGUUCUCAGGUACUGUGUGGGACAAUCAUCGCAUAAAGAUAGAUGUACUGCGCUAUAGUGCUUUACAAGGCUAUGCUGCAUAUGCUUUAUAUAGAGCCACAAAAAACCUUGGAAUCCCAGAUAGAGAUUGCAUCUGGAAAAGUAAAUUGUAUACAUGAUAUAUAAAAAAGUAAUGUUGUAUUUAUUAUGGUUUUUUAUUGUUUUAUUUUUCAGCAAAGAAAAUUUGUAUAGUAUAGACUCCCUUUUAAAAAAACUAGCUGUGUAUUACUCUUCCCUUCCUCCCCCC